UGCUUUGUUUUGUUUUGUUUAGUUGUGAAAUAAUUGCGCCAUGUCGGACUCGGAGUUGCAGCCGCCAAUUGAGAUUAAUGCGGCAAGUGAGGCGCCACCUGAUGUGGCAACUGAAGCAACUGGGGCAACUGGUUCAACUGCCUUGCCCGAGUCCAGCGACAGUCUGAAUGAUGAGGAUCUGGCCAAUCUGGUGACAGCCGAGGAAUAUUUGCUGCGCAAGGAUGUUGUGCUGCUGGAGUACGAGAAGCAAAUGUUUCUGGAUCUGAUUCAUCAAGAUGGAUUGCUUGUGUGUGGCAAAGGCCUGAGCUAUGAGCGUGUGUUGCUCAACAUUUUAAAGGUUUACAGCGAUGCGGGAAAUCUUUUGCUGGUGAUCAACAGCUCCGACUGGGAGGAGCAGUACUACAAGACCCAGUUGGACUCGAAAUAUGUGCAUGAGGUGGCCAAUACGGCCACAGAGCGUGAACGCGUUUAUUUGGAGGGCGGUCUGCAGUUCAUCAGUACUCGCAUCCUGGUGGUGGAUCUGCUGAAGCAGCGCAUACCCAUUGAGCUGAUAACUGGCAUUAUUGUGCUGCGGGCUCACAGCAUCAUUGAGAGUUGCCAGGAGGCGUUCGCCUUGCGUUUGUUUCGUCAGCGCAACAAGACGGGAUUCAUCAAGGCCUUCUCCAGCAGUCCCGAAUCCUUUACCAUUGGCUAUGCGCACAUUGAGCGCACCAUGCGCAAUCUGUUUGUGAAGCAGCUGUUUAUUUGGCCACGCUUUCAUGCCACUGUGCGUGCUGCACUGCAUCCGUGGCAGGCACAAACCAUCGAGCUGCAUGUGCCACUGAGCACAAGAAUCAGCUCGAUACAAACGCACAUUCUGGACAUAAUGAACUUUCUGGUGCGGGAAAUCAAGCGCAUCAAUCGCACCGUGGACUUGGAGGCCAUCACAGUGGAGAAUUGUGUCACCAAGAAGUUUCACAAGAUCCUGCAGGCGCAACUCGAUUGCAUUUGGCAUCAGCUCAAUUCGCAGACCAAAUUAAUUGUGGCUGAUCUCAAAAUUCUACGCAGUCUGAUGAUUUCCACAAUGUACCAUGAUUCCGUCAGCGCCUAUGCAUUGAUUAAACGCUAUCGCGGCACGGAAUACGCCAUCAGCAACUCUGGCUGGACGCUCCUGGAUGCCGCCGAGCAGAUCUUUAUGCUCUCCAAGCAGCGUGUAUACAAUGGACAGAAUGAAUUCGAGCCGGAGCCGUGCCCCAAGUGGCAAGCACUGACUGAGCUGCUGACCAGCCAUAUACCCGGAGAUAUGCGACGUCGACGGGGCGCUCAGCACCUGCAGCCGCCGAAGGUGUUGAUACUGUGCCAGGAUGCACGCACCUGUUAUCAGUUGAAGCAGUAUUUGACACAAGGAGGCGCCAGAUUCCUGCUGCAGCAGGCCAUGAGGCACGAGGUGCAAGUGGGCAAGUUGAGCGACAAGUUGUCCAAGGAAAGUCAAAGCCAGGUGAUGGCUGAAGCGACCGAAACGGAGACAAAGCCGAAGGCUAAAGCAGAAGGACCAAAGGCAGAAUUGGAGACGACAGUGACGCCUCAAUUGGAUGAACUGGCGCAGCUGUUGAGCGAGGCGGAUGUGGAUGCAGAUGUGCAGUUGCAGCAGCAGCUCUUCGAGGAGAGCUACAUGCUGACAAUGACACAGCCAGUGAGCAAGGAACCCGAUCCGAAUGCCUCCAUCUUUGAGAUCAUACCCGAACUGGAGCAAUUCGAUGUCUCUGCUGCGCUGGCCGAGCACAGACAACCCUGUAUUUGUCUGCAGACCUUCAAGACGGAACGUGAAGGCUCCUUGGCACUGGAGCAUAUGCUGGAACAGCUCCAGCCUCACUAUGUCAUCAUGUACAACACGAAUGUCACUGCCAUUCGGCAGCUUGAGGUCUUCGAGGCACGACGUCGUCUUCCACCCGCCGAACGCAUGAAAAUCUAUUUUCUAAUCCACGCACGAACCGUCGAGGAGCAAUCGUAUCUGACGAGUCUGCGACGGGAGAAGUCCGCCUUUGAGCUGAUCAUCGAUACCAAGAGCAAAAUGGUAAUACCAGAAUACCAGGACGGCAAGACGGACGAGGCCUUUGUGCUGUACAAGAGCUACGACGAGGAGGAGCCCGCGAAUGCGCAGACCCGUAAAGGAGCCACAACCGGAGCGGCAUUAACCACGGCACGGAUCACGCCCAAAGUGAUUGUGGAUAUGCGGGAAUUUCGGUCGGAUUUGCCGUGUUUGAUACACAAACGUGGAUUGGAAGUGUUGCCAGUGACGAUAACGAUUGGCGAUUAUAUAUUGACGCCCGAUAUAUGUGUGGAACGUAAAUCGAUAUCGGAUUUAAUUGGUUCCCUGAACUCGGGUCGUCUGUAUAAUCAGUGUGUGCAGAUGCAACGAUAUUAUGCCAAACCCAUACUCCUAAUUGAGUUCGAUCAGAAUCGUCCAUUUCAUUUGCAGGGCAAAUUUAUGCUCUCACAACAAACGACAGCAACAAAUGCGGAUAUAAUGCAAAAAUUGCAAUUGUUGACGCUACACUUUCCCAAAUUACGGCUCAUCUGGUCGCCGAGUCCGUAUGCGACCGCUCAGCUCUUUGAGGAACUGAAAUUGGGCAAACCGGAACCGGAUGCACAGACGGCCGCCGCCUUGGGCAGCGAGGAAACCGGCGGAGCAGCUGCCGGAGAGCAACUACAUUUCAACAAUGCCAUACAUGAUUUUCUGCUGCGUCUGCCGGGAAUUCAUACCCGGAAUGUGCACGCACUCCUCCGGCGUGGUGUCAGUCUCCGUGAGCUGCUGAAACGCACGCAGUCGGAGCUCUCAGAUCUGCUGCAAUCGCAGGAGAGCGGCAAACUGCUGUGGGACAUACUCCAUGUGGCCCAUCUGCCGGAGAAGGAUGAGGUUGCCGGCUCGUCGGCUUUGUUGGCGGCCAGCAAACAAUUUGGCAGCGGUUCGCACAAUCGAUUCCGCAAAGCCGCCGGAGAGGCGCGACGUGGUCGACGUUGAGCGCCACAAAACGAAUUAAAUAUAAAAAUUAUAUCCAUAAAAGCCAGUGAUUGCAUAUAAAAAGUAUUUUAGUUGUUAAAAAUCAUUUAAACUCAUUUUUUUUAUA